AUGGUGAAAUAUACAGUUAAAAUUUCUCUCAGUGUACCAAAAAUAGAAGGAGGUUCAAUCUAUUAUGCUAUCGAAGGUCAAAAUAUUAGUCGUGACUCUUCAACUGAAGCAAAUCCAAAUAGAAAGUUGCCAACUUUGACUUGGGACUAUUCAAAACAGAAUAACAGAAUAAUGACAACUCAAACACGCGAAAAAAAAAACAUUCAAACAACAUCAAAACUUAAUGAAUCAACAUCUACAGAUUCAAAUGUUUCUAAUCCCAGUAAAUAUAUAUAUUUAGAACCAUCACCAAAUGAGACCAACGUUAAUAAAAUAAAAGGUGUAGAUACGCAAUUGCAUGUGUCCAUUAAUGCUUCUUUAAUACCUAACAUAACAUGGUUUACUCCAAAAGGUGAUAAAAUAAUACCUCCUUUUAGUGAGAGAAAAUUUACAAGUGAACGUAACAUCAGCUUAACAUGUUUGCGUGUUUGGAAUUUAACACUCGAAGACAUGGGAAACUAUUUUGUUGAAGUUAAAAGUGUAGAUUCAACAAUUCUCCAAACUAUUAAUUUUACUCUUAAUGUAUUAGCGGAACCAGUGAUUAAAGAUCUUGCAAUGGAUAAUGCAAAAAAAAAUUAUAGUCCAGGAGAAACGGUGACGAAACACUGUUUUGCUGAAGGAUUUCCAAUUCCAAUUAUUAAUUGGACAUUUCAAUCGCAUUCAGAUCCAAUGAUUAGAGUGUUAAACUUAGCCUAUGAUGAUUUUUCACAUAAUGAUUUGGCACAUUUCGAGAAAGGUGAUUUAGGGUCUUUAAAUCCAGCAUUGACAGUUGAUGAUCAAGCAGAUUUACUUCCAUAUGAUAGAAAAUGGGAAUUCCCACUAGAUAAAUUAAACUUUGGCAUUCAAUUAGGAUGUGGCGCAUUUGGCGUUGUAAAAAAAGCUGAAGCACAAGGUAUUUGUUCUGGUGAAUUAGCAACAACAGUAGCAGUAAAAAUGGUCAAAAAAUUCACUGACACAACAUAUACACGAGCACUGGCAAGUGAACUAAAAAUUUUGGUUCAUCUUGGUAAACAUUUAAAUAUUGUUAAUUUACUUGGUGCAUGUACUAAUAAUAUUGCUGAAGGUGAAUUACUUGUUAUUGUUGAAUAUUGUCAUUUUGGUAAUUUACAUGAUUAUUUAAUGAAACAUCAAUAUGAUUUUAUCAAUGAAAUUAAUCCAAAAACUGGUAAAAUUGAUAGUUCUAUUAAUUUUUAUGACCCGAUUCAAUCAACAAGCCCAAGAAGUCACAAGAGUAUGGUCGUCAAUGACAACUUGGCACAACCUGGUUGGAGAUCAAAUUAUUGUGGUGAUUAUAAGAAUAAAAAUUUAAAGUCAGUUCGUACACAGGAUUUAUUUUUAUGGGCAUUUCAAGUUGCUCGAGGGAUGGAGUAUCUAAGCCAAAGAAAAGUACUUCAUGGUGAUUUGGCUGCUCGAAAUAUACUUCUUGCAGAAAAUAAUAUCAUUAAAGUUUGUGAUUUUGGUUUAGCAAAAUCUUUGUACCAAGAUGAUAAUUAUAUAAGACAAAGUGAUGCUCCACUUCCUGUAAAAUGGAUGGCAAUUGAGUCUAUAAGUGAUGGAAUAUUUUCGAUACAAUCUGACGUCUGGUCGUUUGGUGUUGUACUGUGGGAAUUUUUUACUCUUGCUAAAUCACCAUAUCCAGGCAUUGAAACUAGAACACUGUAUUCGAAAUUAAUUGAAGGAUAGCCAGAAUAUGCCACAAGGGAAAUUUACAAUAUAAUGAUUCAAUGCUGGCAAGCAAAGCCAAAACUUAGGCCAACUUUUACCAGUCUUGUUUAUAAUCUUGGUGAAUUCCUUGAUGAAAGUGUAAGAAAUCAUUAUAUUGAUUUGAAUUCAACGUAUGUUCAUAUGAACAAAAUUCAUCAUGAGAAUACCAACAGUGACUAUUUGAUGAUGAUGAAUGUACCAGAUCAUGCAGUAUUAUCAUCGCCAACAGCAACAUAUGAAAAUGGGUAUACAGCAGAUGCGAGUACUUCAUCUACUUGCGUAGGACCGACAGGCAAAAAUGUUGUAUUACCAAUACAACAGUUCGAAAAUCAUACUUAUUUAAAGAUGAAUGAGCUGUAA